AUGAAGUUCCUCACUUCCGCCGCAAGUGUACUUUUGAUGGUCAAUGUCACCUUCGCGGCCAAUCUCGCUGCUCGCAAGCAAGCGGCUAGAGAGGCAAUCCGUGCUAGGAAUGCUCUCCGUCGCACCAGUGUAUUCAAAGGAAGCUCUGAUGUCACUAUUGUCAAUGGAACUGCCGCUGUAGAGUCUUCUAACUGGGCAGGUGCCGCUAUCACUGGUUCAGGAAUCACCGAGGUCUCUGGUACUUUCACAGUCCCUAAGCCCACCGUUCCAUCUGGUGGCAGUUCUAGCACGGAGUAUUGUGGUGCUGCGUGGGUAGGAAUCGAUGGCUACUCGAAUUCCGAUCUCAUUCAGACUGGUGUCCUCUGGUGUAUUGAAGACGGGUCGUAUGAUUACGAGGCUUGGUAUGAGUACCUCCCUGCUUCGUUGGUUGAUUACUCGGGAAUUUCAGUGACUUCUGGAUCAGUUGUUACUGUUACAGCCACAAAGACUGGCACCAACAGUGGAGUUACUACAUUGAAGAGUGGUGGAACGACUGUAUCCCACACUUUCACUGGAGAAAGCUCAUCCCUCCCCGGUACGAGUGCUGAAUGGAUUGUUGAGGACUUUCUCUCCGGCGGCUCAGAAGUUCCAUUUGCUGACUUUGGAACUGUUACCUUUACUGGAGCAACCGCGGUUGUAAACGGAGCCACCGUUACAGCUGGUGGCGACAGUGCAGUUAAUAUUUAUCUGGAGGAGAGCGGAAAAGUUCUUACGUCAACCACAAUCUCUGGUAGCACGGUGACCGUUACUUACAAAUAG